AUGGACGAGCAAUCAUUCGAUCUGGCGAGUGAUAAUGACAGCGAAUAUGAAGACUAUCAAACCGAAGCAACAACACAACAGUUACCACCUCUUGUAACAUUUGCGACCAGUGGACUUCACUCAGACAAAAAACGUUCGUUCAUUUCUGCAAUUCUGGAUGUUGAAAAGUCGACUGAAACAUGUCUACAUGUUUUUUGA